AUGCUAAAGUCGGAGUACUGUUGGCUUAAGAACCAGACGGAGCGAGGCUUGGUCGAGAUGGGAGAGUGCGUGUUCGAUCAGGGAGGGUACUUUAUCAUCAAUGGGUCAGAGAAAGUGCUAAUUGCGAUGGAGAGGAUGGCCAAUAACUUUGUGUAUUGCUUCCAGAAGAAGCAGCCAGCGAAGUAUACGUGGAUAUGUGAGAUUCGGUCCCAGGCUGAGGGUAUGCUCAGCACAAGUGGGUUCUCGGUGAAGAUGUUGGCCAAUCUGGGAGGGAGGAGUGCGGCUAGAGGACAGAUCGUCUGCUCAAUGCCGUAUAUCAACGCGGACAUCCCUGUGGUUAUUCUCUUCCGAGCCCUGGGCUGCGUAUCGGACCGUGAGGUUAUUGAAAGAAUCGUCUAUGACUUUUCCGAUACACAGAUGAUGUUCUUAUUGAGGCCUAGUAUAGAAGAGGCGAUGCCGAUCAUGAGUCAGGAGGUUGCCUUGGACUUCAUCGCUAAAAGAGGGCCAACUAUUGGGACAUCGAAGAGUG